AUGAUGAUGUCUCGGUACACGAGUCGUCGUCGUCGUUCCAUAAUACGGUUGCUAUUAUUCCUCGGCGCAUUCUGUUUACAACAUCAAGCAGCAUAUGCAGAAGGUGGAACGGGAGAAGAAGAAACGAUCAAAGUGUUGGUGGGAUUCAAGCAUAUGCGAGAGGAAGUGAAAUACAUUGAGGAAGAGGAUCAAAAAGUCAGAGUUGCUGGCAAUAGCACGAUCAAGAAGUCAAAGAUUAAAUAUCAAUUCAAGAACACCAAUGCGGUUGCCAUGGAAGUAACGAGAGCAGAAUAUGAAGAAAUGCAAAAGGAUUCCCGCUUUAGCUAUAUUGAAGAAGACUUUGAAGUGAAACUAGCCUCUUUCGAUCCUCCUAUCAACGAAGAGGAACAGUUAUUGCGACGGACGCAACAGGUGAUACGAGAGGUGCAGUCGUAUGCCAUUCCCAUGACGCAAUCCGAUCAAUUCAUUCCAACCCCACCUGGGGAUGCUGCGAAUUGCAUGGUAUAUACGUGUAUUGUCGAUUCCGGAGUCUAUAUCAAUCAUCAAGACAUUCCUUAUGACAGAGGAGAUGGGUACACAACUGGACGAUCCUUUGGCUCUGCAGUCAACAAUUUAUGGUACCGGCCGGUCAAUACCAACCAUGGAACAAAUGUUGCGGGAAUAAUGUUUGCCACACCUAAUAAUAAUGCUGGAAUGGUGGGUGCCAUCCCGAAUCCUCCUCGAACGAGUAGGAUCUGCCUGAAGGUUGCCAAAGUGUUUCCAGAUGGCUCGGAUUCGACUUCCAUAUCGACAGUAGUGGAAGCUGUGGAAUGGUGUGCCUCCGAAGCCAAUGGCAGACCCAUGAUUAUCAAUCUAUCUCUGGCCACGCCGACUCAAACCAGCACCGAACGAAGAAUUUACGAACGAAUCUACAAUGACAAUGUAUUAUUAGUGGCUGCCGCUGGCAAUGGUGGGGACAGCGAGUUGGCCUAUCCAGCCUCUCACGACAGUGUCAUCAGUGUGGCCAGUGUCAAUUCCUCCCGACGAAAAUCUUCUUUUUCUCAAUUCAACGAUAAAGUGGAAUUGUCCGCACCCGGCAGCGGUGUUCAUGUGACCGAUGCCAGCGAGACUGGUAUUAGUGUGUCUUCUGGAACCUCUUAUGCCUGCCCCUACGUGGCCGCCAUUGCCGCACGCAUUUGGGCAGUGAAUCCACGAUGCAGCAACAGGGACAUUCGCGACGCAUUGCAGGCAUCCACUCGUCCACUCGGAAAUUUUGUCCCCAAUGACGAAUAUGGGUAUGGAUUGGUACAAGCUAAGGCAGCCUACGACUAUUUGGUGAAUCAAAUUGGGUGCGGUGUCCCCACCGGCCAACCCUCCCCGUCACCCACCAAGAUACCCUCCGCGUCGCCCUCGCAACGGCCAUCCCACGUGCCCAGUCAAUCGCCAUCGAACAUGCCAUCCUCCGUCCCCAGCAUCGUGCCAUCUCAAAUUCCAUCCACGGUUCCUAGCAUCGAACCGUCCCAAAUUCCAUCGGCAGUACCCAGCCUGAGUCCUACCGAAGCUCCGACGAUUGAUUGUUUGGGUCAAUUGGAAGAGUGCACAGCCCAAUCGGAUUGUUGCAAGGGAUUUUCCUGCCUUCGCAUCAGUGACAACUCGUAUGCCUGUCGAAAGGAGACGGAAGAACUCUUUAAUACCAAACCACGGUUGGCUGCCUUGGAUGGCGGGACGUGUCGUGGUGGAUUUGCGGGGAACUGUCCCAUUUCCUAG